AUGGGUCAAAUCCUCCUGAUGAGUAUGGCAACAGCGCAGAAUACCAGCUCACCACCACUCACUCUUCCCUUGAGCCAGGACGAUUCAUUCAACUUCCAGCUUCUAGCCGUAUUGGCGGUAGCGCCCUAUUCAGGCGCCGACGUCGGACCCGUCCUCGCAACAGCACAACAAAUUGAGCCAGGCAACUUCUCUAGCUUCUCUGAAGCGUUCUACACUCUCGCAAACACGACCAAAGCAGAGGCCGAAGAUCCCCAGAACGCCUAUGACCCAAUCAAUGUGCGCGACACCUGGUUCUCAGCAGCCACGUACUUCCGAGCCGCCGAUUUCUUCCUGCACGGCGACUGGACCGACCCUCUCAUCAACUUGCUUUGGGAAGAACAGACCGCUGCUUUCGACCAGGCGCUCGCCUCUCUGCCGGUACCCGGGGUGCGAGUGAGAAUUCCAGCCGACAAUUUCACAGUGGAAGCAAUCUGGUAUUCCUCAACGGCAGAGGGAGGAGCUCAUCGUCCAACCCUUAUCCUCGGCAACGGCUACGAUGGCAGCCAAGAGGACCUCUACCACACCAUCGUGGUUCCCGCCCUCGCUCGCGGCUGGAACUGUCUGACGUAUGAGGGCCCGGGACAGCCCAGCGUUCGCAGGUCGCAGAAUCUAGGCUUCAUCCACGACUGGGAGCGAGUGGUGACUCCUACUAUUGACUAUCUUCUCUCCGAGCACGCCGACGACGUUGAUGACGCCCGCCUGGUACUUUUCGGAUUCUCGUUUGGGGGAUACCUCGCAGCUAGAGCCGCAGCUUUUGAUUCCCGACUCGCUGCCCUCAUUCUAGACGGUGGCGUCUACGACACUUACGCAGCCUAUAGCGCCGCUCUAAGCCCAGAACUCCUCGACCUCUACCUGUCUAACAACCAAACCGCCUUUGACUCAGCCGCGGAAUCCCUACGGACCGAUCCAUCUCUACCCUCAUCUAUCAGGUGGGGCCUAGAGCAAGGGCUGUGGUCCUUCAACACCGAAUCCGCAUUUGAGUUCUUGCAGAGAACCAGCCUGUUCACCCUGGAAGGCGUAACAGACAGGAUCCAGAUACCAACGUGGAUCGCCAAUGCCGAGGCCGAAGCAUUCUUUCCAGGACAAUCGGCGCAGGUGGCGGAGGCGUUAGGGGACAGGGCGACGCUGCACAACUUCACGGGUGCGGCGGCGUAUCAUUGCCAGGUUGGCGCGUUUCAGGAACUGUCGAGGACGAUGUUUGCGUGGCUCAAUCAGACGUUGAGUUGA